AUGGACACGGCGGCGGUGCUGCUGCUGCUUGCGCUGGUCGUCGUCCUCCUCUGGUACCCUCUCGUUCUGCCAGCGCUGCCGCCUUCUCCGCCGGCGCUCUUCGUCUGGAUACCGAUGCUCAUGCUGCUUCUCCUCUUCGCCCUUCCUUUCUUCCCAGCUGAUCGUCGUCUUUGCAUUGAUCCUAAAGUGAAACCUUGCCAGCUUGCCUUGUGGAGUAGUGGGAGCGCAUCCAAGCGUUGA